UGGGAUUCAUACGAAGGACAACUCAACAACAGGAAUCGUGCCACUCGAAGAGAAUCGACAAUGGCUCCGAAUGAAACCGAACAGCAUUCCACGAAGAAGCCUAAACGCUCGUUCUUCCAGAAACUCAGGCGAAAGCAUAAGCGCGAGAAGAGUGAUCAGCCUGCUCCCAAACUUAUCUUCACCACGCAUUCUGGAGCUACUGUGGAACCCAGACGAGAGCUCGUAGAAUCAAUUGAUAACAGAUUAGAGGAGCAGAGGAAAUCCGAGGUCGAGCGAGAGGGGAAGGCGGGAUCUAAGUUGUUAAAACUACCUCUACGUCGACAAAAAUCCCUAUCAACGAGUUCUCAGGCUCCUCCUAGCCUGAAAGAAAAUAUUCCUCGAUGUACUUGUCGGCAUGGCUCCACAGGACCCUAUGUUGAGUCCCCGCAGUAUCCUGGGUCUGCAGACCAAGGGUUCUCUUGUAUCAACUGCGGCCGGUGCCCAAUAUGCGCUUCCGACGAUUUUGCCCGUCCUGAUACGCGAUGUCGAUUUUGCAAAUCCAAGGCACCAUUCCUCUCACUUCCAGUUGAGGUCCUCCAACACAUGUCCUCCUACCUUUGCACAAACAGCACCUGGCUACUCCGUCUAACCUGCAAAGCUAUGUUCAACACAAUCUGCGCUCCCGCGGAUGUAAGAGUAGGUUCCGAAAUCCACGACUUCUUUCACCUUAUCCGAGAUCUUGUCCCCCGGAACUUAUACUACUGCUACGAGUGUCUACGAUAUCAUCCUUGGACACGUGAUGACUACUAUCUCUGGGGCUCAGAGCCGCGAUGUCUACGAAAUCUCGAUCGAAAAGGUGAAUUCUCCCGGGCAUACCUUGAUCUUGUCCAGGCAAACUAUUUCGUGUGUCGGUUUUGUCUCGUAGCGCGGCUAAAUCGCAAAUGCAAGACCUGCCAGAAGUGCGAGAGCUGCGCAGGCGUUCGUUUCCUGGGGCGGGGAAGCUUUCAACCUGCCGGAGUUGAAUGCAUCGAAUGCGAUGCUGGAAAGGCUCGAUGUACCAUUUGUUACAAGCUUCGUCUUCAGCAUCGUGCGUGUCGCGGCUGUAGAAAGUGCGAGGCCUGCGCGGAUAUCCGUUUCCAGUUCGGCGUCGAAUUAUGUACAGAGUGCGGUGGUGGAUCAAGAAGAUUGGGAGACAGCACGAGGCGGGUCGCCGUGGAGUCAGGUCCUGGAUACGAAAUGUACUAUUACGGUACGGAGGGGAGAGUUCAGGAUCCUGAGCGGAGGAUUGGUAUCAGGUGAAGCUGUCCAGUUCCGUCACAGAACUUGGACAGGAGCUCACUCGUGGAGGCUGAGUAAGCGGUGGUGAUUCCGAUGGCGGUCUUCCCAACUCCUAACGAAAGUAUCAUUUACAGUGAAGAAUUGCGCACAGUCAUCGGGAUUGUGGUGCUCAACUCCGAUAAUGGCGGCGUUCGACCGGCACGUCAGGCACGUGAACAUCCAAUCCCUUUUCAGCCAAAGUCGCCCUUCUUGGACACCACCUUACCCAUAAAAUCGGCUUGGCACGCGACAAUUCCCUGUGAACAUCUUCUAUAUCAGUACUCAAAAUGGAUUUGUUGCCGCUCAUGAUAAGCCCUGACCGGGAAGGUCCCUCUCCAACUCUGCGGAUUCGACAAUGCCAGUAAUCUGAUUUCUCUUGGUGGGCGUCCCUGCUCUAGAGGACUUCUAAAUGCUUUCAUCAAUCUAGACUACCACUCGUUGAUAUGGAUAUUUGGGGUGUACAAUUUCUG